AUGCUCCCUCAACGAAUUGCGCGGGCGUCGGCCCUGCGCACCGGGCUCGCUGCCGCACGACGCCUGCCGGUCGCCCAGCGACGGGCCUUCACGCCGGCAUCCUACACCGACAAGAAGACUCUCGAUGAGAAGUACCCCGACCGUCCGGUGCUCAGCGAGGCGGAAGACCCCGGCAUGAACGGCGGCUACAUCAACCCCCCUCGCAUCAAGCGCCAAUUCCGCGACCCCUAUGCCACCUGGUGGGACCCGCAAGAGCGACGCAACUUUGGUGAACCUGUUCACGAAGACAACGACGUCCUCGGAAUCUUCUCCCCGUGGGAGUACACCUGGACGACCACGGGCCCGGGCCUCAUCAUGGUCGGCACUUUCAUCGCCGUCUUCCUGGGUGUCUCUAGCGUCGUGUACAUGAACUACCCUGACAAGCCCUCGUACCCGAGAGAGUUCGAGGGAGGACUGGAGCGGGAGCUGGGUGGUCCUGGGGCCGUAAGGGCGCGAAUGGCCGGAGACGAGGACCCUUGA